AUGAGCGCGCCCUCGCAAUCCCAGCUGCUGCUGCUGCACCACAUCCUAGCAGUCCUCCUUGCAGUUGCAGCAGCAGGGGCUCUCUUGGUCCAGGCUACCGCCAUUACUGAACAACAUGAGCCGCCGCCACCGCCAAUCACGCGUCCAGGCUGUCCGGACAAGUGUGGCAACAUCAGCAUCUCCUUCCCGUUCGGCAUGAAGCCCGGCUGCUUCCUCGAGGGCUUCCAGGUCACCUGCAACAACACCUUCCAGCCGCCUCGCGCCUUCCUUGCCUACAACAGAUCAGCCCAGGUGACGAUCGUCUCCUCCUACUCGAGGACUCCAGGUAACCAUUCGAUCGUAGACCAGAAAAAUAGCAGCACGGAUGGUCCUCCCUUAGUCCUACCGGUGGAGCUCAUGGACAUAUCACUCGCCGAGAGCGCGGCACGGGCAUACGGCGGAGUGGCGUCCGUCUGCAGCACGAACGCCACCGCCGGGUUCGUGAGGUCUGCGUUCACCACCCUGGCGUUCGAGAUCGACGGGCCCAAGGGCCCGUUCCUCUUGUCGCUGGCGCGCAACGUCCUCGUUGGCGUCGGCCUGCAAGCCCUGCCUCUGGUGUCCAGGUUCGACAGGACACCUGUGGACCAAGAGAAGGACUACCUCGUCUCCUGCCGCUCGGCGCUCAUGGGGAACCUGCAGCUCGCGUCCAACGGGUCCUGCUCCGGCCGGGGCUGCUGCCAGGCCUCCCUGCCGCAAGCGCAGCCGCUCAAUGGUGUCUGGGUUAGCAUGGGGCCCAUGAGCGUGAACGACACGAUGUGGGCAACCAACCCGUGCUCCUUCGCCAUGGUGGUGGAGGAUUCAUGGUACAACUUCUCCACGGCGGACCUGUACGGCAACACCAGCAACAGGUUCCCACGGGGCGUUCCCUACGUGAUUGAUUUCGCCAUCAGGAACGCCAAAUGUCCCGCGAAAGGCCAGCAGCCACCUCCCGACUACGCGUGUGUCAGCGGCAACAGCUCUUGUGCCGACGUGACCAAUGGCUACGUCUGCAAGUGCCUAGAGCACUACGAGGGCAACCCUUAUAUUCCUAAUGGAUGCCAAGACAUCGAUGAAUGUAGGCACCCUCAUUUGUAUCCUUGCUCGAGGGAUGGGAUAUGCAAGAACAGGCUUUUAGGGUAUGACUGCCCAUGUAGACAUGGAAUGAAAGGUGAUGGGAAGACGGGAACGUGCCGGCCCAUAUUCCCCCUAGUAGCAAAGAUGGUUGUAGGCAUAAUUGGUGGUUUCUUUGUUUUGGUGGCUCUGUUAUUCAUCGUUCUUCUUCGCAAAGAGAAAAAGAAGAUGAGGGAGUUCUAUGAAAAGAAUGGUGGCCCUAUAUUGGAGAAAGCAAAAGCUAUAAAGCUUUUCAAAAAGGAAGAGCUUAAGGAAAUUUUAAAGAGUAAAAAUUUAGUUGGAGGAAAAGGUUGCUUUGGUGAAGUUUACAAGGGUCUUCUUGAUAAUAAACAAGUUGCAGUAAAAAAGCUGAAAAGUGGUGGUGCCCAAAAGAAUAAUGAACAGUUUGCAAAUGAAGUCAUCAUCCAAUCUCAAGUCAUCCACAAGAACAUCGUAAGGCUGAUAGGCUGUUGCCUCGAAGUUGAUAUCCCGAUCCUUGUUUAUGAGUACCUCCCGAAAGGUAGCCUCGAAGAUAUUCUUCACGGUAACAACAAGGUAGUACCUCUCAACAUAGAUGUGCGUUUGAGCAUUGCUGCACAAUCAGCGGACGGUCUAGCUUACAUACACUCAAAAGCCAACAACAAAAUUAUACAUGGUGAUGUUAAGCCAGCAAAUAUACUCUUGGAUGACAACUUCAUGCCGAAGAUCUCAAACUUAGGCGUAUUGAGAUUGAUUGCAAGAGAUAAAGAACACGCAGAUAAUGCCAUUGAUUAUUGGAGUUACGUGGAUCCAGUAUACAUGCAAACAGGACUUUUAACAGAGAAAAGUGAUGUCUACAGCUUUGGAGUUGUGAUCUUGGAACUUAUAAGUAGGGAAAAGGCCACAUGUUCUAACAAUAAUAGCUUAGCAAGGAAUUUUCUUGAAGCUCACAAAGAGAAGAGGGUGGAUGAGUUGUUUGACAAUGAAAUUGCACAGACAAGCAAUUUAGAGCUUCUUCAUAGUCUUGCGAAGAUUGCUGUCGAAUGUCUUAACCUCGACGCGGAUCAAAGACCAUCAAUGAUAGAUGUAGCAGAGCGCCUUCUCAAACUAAACCGGUCUCGUAACCCUUAGUUGUUUGUAAGUAAGUUCAAGCACAAUGGCGCAUGGGUGUGUGCCAUUGAAUAAG